UCAUUUCUCCUCCUCCUCCUCCCUGUCGUAACCUCAAUUCCCAAACAAAGACAAAGACCAAGACCAUUUUUACCGUUUGAAGAAGAAGAAGAGAAUAACCGUUUCGGAUCUAAUCGGUUGGCGACGACGGCGAUGGAGAACAACGGCAGCAUCAUCUCGAGGGAGAAGAUAGAUCAGAUGGCCACGUGGCUCGGCUCCACCGUCUCUUCUGCUUUCUUCUCCUCCUUGGAACGCUUCUCUUGCGUCAACGUCACCACCUCUGAUCCCGACGAUGAAGAUGACGACGAUUACUCCGUCUCCACCACCACCAACGACAACAACCCCUCCGUCACCACAAACGACGUCGCCAAUCUCCCCGUUUGACAUAAACACGACGUCGUCAACAAUGCGCUAUAAAAGUUGAUUCUAUCCUGAUAUUCACUCUUCAAUCAUGGAAUUUGCAGUUGAUGGGCUGGCUCUAAUGGAAUUUGCAUCCUCAGAACUUUGGUUCUUGUGCAGAAAACACUUAUCAAUGAGUUUUAUUGAUUUUUUUUUCUUUCAAUUUAGCCUAAAAAAGUGAUUUUUUGUUGUUGUUGUCAUGGUCCAUGUAAAAUUUAUAUUACUUACCAUACUAGGUUGGGAUGAAAGAUAAUGGAAGGGAAAGGAGUGAAAUAGCUAGCUGUAAUGGAGAAUUACUUAACUGUGGGGAUUAUUCUCAAACCUUUGUUCUUGUUUGCCUCCCCAACAGUGAAUGGUCAUAUUGAGUUGCUGUUAUGAAAAUUGUUGCUUGUUGAA